AUAAUAUAUUUAUUAAUUUAUAAUUUAGAUAACUCCAUCUGAGAGAGUCUCUUUCGUACAUCUUUCUUUACAUACCCUAUAAUUUGUAAAUGGUUGCAGAUUCUUGACUAGUAUUUGAUCGUUUUCGCCCCACGAUUGAUUCCUGCAGUACUGCCAUGUCUCAGCUAGUUCUUCGUAUCUCCAUUGCACCAAGUAUGAUAUACCUGCAGCACGUUUAGCUAUACCUGCGCUUUUCCAAAACAGGCGGAGCGAGGUCGAAUUCAAUGAAUCCGGGACCAAUGAUGGUGCUGGUGGAGUGCCGAUUUCCGCUAUUCAUUAAAUGAUUUUCUCAUUUGACUUGUAGAAUGUUUCAUGUCGCGAUAAAAGUGUUAAUGUAUAUGUAUUUUUUAAUUCAUAUUUUAUAUAUUUUGAGUUUUAUUCAUGUCUAUAAAUACACAGAAACUCUCGUGUGCGUAAGGGAAGAGGGAAAAAUAAUACUGCCUGUAAAUGAGUGCUUAUUAUUUUAUGUUAGCGUUAUUUUUAGUCAUGAAAUAAAAUAUAUGAAUAUAAUAUAAUAUGGUGAUGCACGUAUUAUAAAUAAACAACAUACGAUCACAUCUCACCACACAUAAGGUACGUAAAAAACAAUUAAAAUAUCAUGUUAUCUCAUGAUAUAUUAACCUUUAAAGUUUAAAACAUUCAAGUUUAAAGAAUUAAACGCGCAUUUUAAAUGUCACACGUAAGAGUGGUCGACACCGAAAGAGAACGAAUGUUCAAAGAAUACAGUGACAUCUUAGACAAUCUCAGGACGGCAUUUAUGGAGAAGUGGAAGACGAAGGUGGACGAUAAUGCGAAAUUGGAAGACUUUGAACGUUUCAGAACUGUCGGCACCGGUGCUUUUGGCCGCGUUAUCCUCGUCAAGUAUAAACUAACGUCCACGUAUUACGCCAUGAAGAUUCUCGACAAAACGAAACUCGUGAAGAUGAAGCAAGUGGAUCACACGCGUAACGAGAAGCGAAUCCUGCAAUGCAUCAACUUUCCCUUCAUGGUCUUUAUGGAGUUCUGCUUUAAGGACAACUCCUACGUGUACAUGGUGUUGCCGUUUGCGCAAGGGGGCGAGAUGUUUACUCAUCUCAGGCGUAUGGGAAAAUUCGACGAGUCGCUGGCGAGAUUCUACGCAGCUCAGGUGGCUCUGGCUUUGGAGUAUCUGCACCACUGUAGCUUAGUUUACCGAGAUCUCAAGCCGGAGAAUAUCAUGAUACAGAAUUCCGGCUACAUCAGGGUGACCGAUUUCGGGUUUUGCAAGAUGAUAGACGGCCGCACGUGGACCUUGUGCGGCACUCCGGAAUAUCUGGCACCGGAAGUGAUUUUAUCAAAAGGUUACGGCAAGGCCGUCGAUUGGUGGAGCUUUGGCGUGUUGGUCUACGAGAUGAACGCGGGAUAUCCGCCAUUCUACGCGCAUGAUCCCAUGAAGAUCUACGAGAAAAUCGUAGCGGGCAAGUACAAGUUCGCGCAUCACUUUGGCGAGGAGCUGAGGGAUAUACUGAAGAACAUUCUGCAAGUAGAUUUGUCAAGAAGAUAUGGCAAUUUAAAAGACGGUAGUAUGGACAUUAAGAAACACCGCUGGUUCCAGUCCAUCGAUUGGAUCGAGAUCUAUCACCAAAAAGUGCAACCGAGCUUCAUUCCUCAUUGCAGCAACAACGGCGAUGCAAGCAACUUCGAUCAUUAUGAUGAAGAACCGCUUGAAAUCGCCCCUUUCGAUCAAUAUGGCAAGGAAUUUACACAUUUUUAGAGGUAAAAACGCUGAUUGUGUGUGUGAAUUACAAAUUGAUAUAAAAAAUGAUUAAGAGGUGAUAUGGAAAUUAUAUAUAGAUUAUGUUAUUUAUGAUGUUUGUAAGUAUAUUUAGCUCGGAAUUAUAAUUAGUUUAUAUAAUAGCAAUAAUCAUAAAAUAAAUAAUAUUUAAGUUGAUUAAAAACAGUAUUUCAUGUAAUAACAUAAAAGAAGGAAAAGGAAAAAGAAAUAGAAGAAACAGAGGUAAACGUGAAGAG